UCUUCCGUCUUGACACUGAAGCUACAAGAUCCACAGGUGAGGUGAUGUUAAGCCUUGACCGACGUGGCGGUGCGAGGAAUCGGUGGGGCUGCCCACGGCGACCGUCUUCCGCGGUUAACGAGUAUCACGCAACACUCUACUUAUAUCCUUUCCAUAUUGGCCACAACAUCUUGACCUAUAGCUCGUCUACUCUUACAUCAAUUGACAAUGGCCAGCACCGCACAACCGCCCAACGGCAUCGUCCUCUUCCACUACGAGCGCUCGCCAUACGCCAGAAGAGUGCGAUGGUACCUCGCCUUUCGCCGCAUCGCAUAUGCAGAAUGCAUUCAACCGUCUAUCAUGCCCCGGCCGGAUCUCAAGGCUCUCGGGAUCAAGUAUCGUCGAACGCCUAGUAUGGCCGUUGGGCGGGAUGUAUACCUUGAUACGCGGAUGAUAAUCCACCGACUCGAACAGCUCUUCCCGGCCUCAGACCAACACCCAGCAUUCUCAACCCCAGAAACGGCGGGCCUCGCCUCGCUAUUGAACAAACUAGUGAUAGACGCCAGCCUCUUCAAUCACGCUGUUACCAUCCUGCCCGACAACCCGAAUAUCCGGAGCGAAGCUUUCCACAAGGACCGCGCGGGCUUCUACGGCCCGAACUGGACGCUGGAGGACGCGAUGAAGUCGCGACCUGAGGGGUUGGUGCACGUCAGGGAGUGUUUUGGCAUUCUGGAAUCGCUUUUGCACGAUUCGAGGAAGUGGAUUGGUGCCACUGAGAAGCCUUCGCUGGCAGAUCUGGAAGGUUUCUGGGCUAUUGAAUGGAUCAUCACAAGUCUCACGCCGCCGCGCGACAUCAUCUCCGAGGAGAUUUUCCCUAAAGUGUACAGCUGGCACCAGCGCUUUUCACAAGCAUUAGAAGAGGCAAAGGCAGCUGCACCGCAGCCCGUCACGUUGGAGAGCGCAGUGGCUGUGCCGGCGAUUCUGGGCGCGGCGUUUACGGACAAAGACUUGAAUAUCGAUGGUAACGAUCCGACGGGCCUCACUAACGGCGCGGCUGUGGAACUCUUCCCUAUUGAUGGUGGCGGGUUCACGCACCAGGAUGUUGGACGGCUGGUUAAGUUGACGAAGGACGAGGUGGGGAUUUCUGUCAAGGCUGAAGGUGAUGGAACGGAGGUUCGUUUGCAUGCGCCGCGGUGGGGAUUCAAGGUGCAGGCUGUGAGUGAGUCGAGGCUGUAGGGUACAUGUAGCUGUAGGAGGAACGCAUGUAGCUGUACUAGGAACGUGAGUCGUGGCACAAGGCUGCACGUGAACGGUCACGUGAGCGAAACAGCCGAAUCUGGGGCAGAGGGAGAUGAAGCGAAGUACCUCCACAUCUACAUCCACAACAAACAUCUCUUGAACGCAACACUGCCAGCCAUUGCUGCCUCCCAAGCGGUUCCAACCCUAAGUAGGCCAAACAGUAGCAAGAAGUCCCGUGCCUGAUAUUCAUGCCCAACCGGGUGGUCAGGGCAAGGUAAGCAAGGUAAGGUAGUGUUGGGCAUCAAUGCAUCCACGUUGCCACCUUCUCCUCCACCAAUCUCAGCGCGGCAUCGUACGCAGAUGCGUGUCAUCGCGCGAUUCCUUCCACCUGAUCAUGGACGCAUGCCUUUUGGAAAGACGCGCAGAAUGAACACAUACACCAGAUGUAUCCCCUCACUGUGCCUGCUUGCCUCCCUCU